CACUCUUCGACUUCCUCCAUCCAUCUCUGUUCAACCACUCUCACAAACAUGUCACCAAACGGCGCGACACCGUUGGUAGCGAUUGGGGAACGGCCAAACGGCACCGGCGUGAAGGGGCCUGGCGCAAACGGAACAGCAAACGCCAAUGGCGCUAGCGCGAAUGGAGCUGUCAGUGGCACAAUCGGGACAAAUGGGACAACGAACGGCUCGAUGAACGGCUCAAAUGGCGCGGCGAGUGAGGAUAUUCCCGAAGAUGCACCGGAGCACUGCCCAGGACCUUCAUCCGAACAAGCAGGCAGAGCGGACGCAUGUGACGGCUGCCCGAACCAGUCCGUGUGCGCGGAGGGCCCGAAAGGGCCAGACCCCGACCUGCCUGCCAUCCGGGCACGAAUGUCUGGCGUGCGCCGCAAGAUCCUCGUUCUCAGCGGCAAGGGCGGCGUUGGCAAGAGCACGUUCACAGCAGCGCUGGGCUGGGCGCUCGCGGCGGACGAGGAGCUCCAAACGGGCCUGAUGGAUGUGGACAUCUGCGGGCCCUCGAUCCCCCUCCUGACGGGGCUGGAGAAGGCGACGAUCCACACGUCCGCCGAGGGCUGGUCGCCGGCGUACGCGACCGACAACCUUGCCGUCAUGUCCAUCGGGUUCCUGCUGCCCUCGCGCGCCGACGCGGUCAUCUGGCGCGGGCCGCGCAAGAACGGCCUCAUCAAGCAGUUCCUCAAGGACGUGGUGUGGGGCGAUCUCGACUACCUCGUCGUCGACACGCCGCCGGGCACGAGCGACGAGCACCUCUCCGUCGUGCAGUACCUCGCUGAGAGCGGGGUGGACGGCGCUGUGCUUGUCACAACGCCGCAGGAGGUCGCGCUGCAAGAUGUGCGCAAGGAGCUCGACUUCUGCCGCAAAGUCGGACUGCCGGUGCUCGGGCUCGUGGAGAACAUGUCCGGAUUUGUGUGCCCCAAGUGCAAGAAUGAGAGCGACAUUUUUGCCGCGACCACGGGCGGCGCAGACGCCAUGGGCGCCGAGCUCGGCAUCGAAGUACUGGGAAAGGUGCCGCUCGACCCGCGCAUCGGCAUGCUCUGCGACCAGGGCGAGAGCUUCCUCGACGCAUAUCCCGACAGUCCGGCGACGACCGCGUAUCUCGACAUUGUGCAGCGCAUCCGGGAAAAGCUGGGGGAUGCGUAAUGUGAUGGGACGACGGAUGAGCGGGUUGUCGCCGUGCACUUGCAAGAAGCGAGCACAGCGCCCUCGCCAGUGGCAGGCACGGGUCACCGGCCAUAGUAUCAAUAUUGUAUCAUGGAUUGUUGCAUGGGCGUGCAUCGUGA